AUGUCGAACAACGCUCUUGUAGUGCGCAUGGUCGACGGACAGCCACGGCUAUCCAAGGAGUCGGCUGCAAUACCUGUCCCAGACAGCAAGCAAGUCCUCGUCAAGGUCUCUCAUAUCGCUCAGAAUCCGACGGAUGUGCAGUCAUUCGACGGAAAUGCAUUUGGAGACGGAGCAAUUCUGGGCUGCGACUUUGCAGGAGAAGUAGUCGAGACAGGCAGUGAAGCAACAAGACUGCAAAAGGGCGAUGUUAUCGCUGGUCUUGUUUGGGGAGACGAGGAGCUCAUUCAAUUGUGCUUGCUUCUAGGCGAAAUCAAAGGUUUGGGGGCAUAUAGUGAAUAUGUUCUCGCGGACGAUGCCAUCUCAUUCAAAGUGCCCAAGGGAAUCUCGCCGGCCGAGGCUAGUACAGUACCUCUUGCGCUGACCACGUCGUGGCUCGCUCUUUUCUCAAAGGGGUGUCUUGAUAUCGAUCGAAGUAACGCCGGAGGUGUUAGUAUCCUCGUAUGGGGAGGGAGCUCAAGCGUUGGUCUAUAUGCCAUCCAGCUAGCAGCAUUAUACGGCAUGAACGUGAUCACCACAUGCAGUCCACGCCACGAGAAGCUGGUCCGGUCAUAUGGCGCAAACCACGUCUUUGACUAUCGUGCAGAGGAGGAAAUUGUUAGCAAGAUCAAACAGGCUGCUCCAAACAUUCAGUAUACAUUCGACACAAUCGGCAACACAUCCUCGUCGACUAUCGCUUCACUGGCGAUGCAUGGUAGCGGAAAGCUAUGUACCGUUCGACCGGGCAAAGCAAAUACGGAUAAUGUUGCGUCACAAAUCGCUGUGUCAGAUGUACUUGUCUGGACUGCGUUUUUGAAAGAUCAUAGAUAUGGCAGUUUUUAUUGGCCUGCUUCCAAGGAAGACUUUGGGCUUUCUAGGGAGUUGUUUGAUAAGCUGCCUGGUUGGCUUACUGCCGGUACUAUCAAGCCAAAUACUGCAAAGGUUCUCGGGGGAUUGGAUGAUGUUCCCAAGGGGUUUGAUGAGCAUCGUGCAGGCAAUAUUUCGGGAUACAAGAUUGUUUAUGAGCUCAAUACGGCAGUUUAA